AUGGCGCUGAAAGCUGCGCAGCAGCUGCUGCAGCUCUUGCCGCCUGCCACGCCUGAGACCAGCGGAACGAGCCACAACGAGUCAGGUGAAGAUCCAGCUUAUGGAGAUCUAGGAGUGGCCGUGGUGGACCACCACGGCAUCCGCACAAGAGCACUGCUGGCGCGCAAAGGCUUUCACGCCGGGGACACCAUUCUCACAUUGCCGCCAAACCACGUGCUCCGCGCGAGUGGGACAGACAGGGAGUUCUGCCGCAGCGAUGCUUGCCGCCUGGGGCUUCAGCUUGCAGAGGCCAGGGCCAAGGGCGGCGGUGAUCCCUUUUGGCAGAAGGCCAUCGAGGCCUACCCUUCCCUCAAGGAGUUGGAGGCGCUGGGCGUCCCGCUGGUCGCCUCGGAGAAGGCUCUGGCGCUCCUGGCCCAGGCCCCGGAGUUCCAGCCCAUGGCCGCGAAGAUCCGCCAGAGCCGCGGGGAGAUGCUCGCAGCGGUGGGCGCCUAUAACCGAGCCAAGGUCCAUCCACAUCUGACCUUCGCAGACGCCCUGUGGGGCCGCGCGGUCGUUGAGACUUCCAACUUCGGCAACUGCGGGUGGCAGCUAGCACCCGUGGCGGACUGGGUGAACCACUCGGCGGCCAACGUGCAGGUGAGCUGUGACACGGAUGGUAACGUCAAGGUCAUAGCUGAGAAGGACAUCCCCAGUGGUGGCGAGCUCACAGCCAGUUACAACAAGCUGGGGCCGGUCGGAAACUUCUCGCGCUACGGCAUCAUCCAAGAACGCCAGGACGGUGGAGCCGCUCCGCUCAGCUCGGGCAGCUGCAUGCGACUCCAACUGGCCAGCAUGGACAAUGAGCCGGUGCUGAGAGCCGCUCGGAAGUUCCUUGGGCUCCACUGCGCGGCUCCCGGGCCGCCGCCUUCGCCGAACGCCGCAGCGCCGGCGCCGGCUCCGGCGCCGAAAGCUGCGGCGCCGGAGCCGAGAGCGGCGCCCGCCCCCAGGGAGCCGACAGCGGACCUGCAGUGGGGAACCAUCCAGCAGAUUCAGCCCAUGACCCAGAUCCCUGGCAUCUCGAAUCUGCUGUACGGCCCGCGGCCCUAUGUGCCCGUCGCUGCCACGGCGUGGAACACCGUGAUGCCCGUCAUGGCAACUCUGCCGCCGCUGCCGUGGAUACCGACUUCGCCGCCGGAGGCGCCGCGACGAAGCCGUCGCGGCCGCGAGUUCCUGAGCUGA